GAUAUUUGACAUUUUUAAGUUAAUUGAAGUGUUAAUUUUCCUUAACACUCAAUUAAUUUAUAAAUUUUAUCAAACAUAACAUUAUAGGCGAAUCAUAUAAGUUGUUGCAAGCAAGGAACGUGAACCAAAUCGUAAGUCGAAGUUGUUGGAGGAUUCCAACGUGAGUGUGUAUGUGUGUGUUUCUUAAUCUAUGAAGUGAUCUAAAAAACAAAGCGAUGUGGUUAAAGACAUUAGCUACCUCUCCUCUCUCUGGAAUCGCUCUUUUUGUCAUUUUCCUUUCUCUCAUUCUCCGAUUUUCAAUCAACUUCCACACUUCACAGAGAUUGUUCAGUACUGAAGAGCUUGCUUUGUUCAAUGGAACUGAUGAAGGGUUGCCAAUCCUUUUAGGAAUUCUUGGAUCUGUGUUUGAUGUAACAAAGGGAAAAUCUCACUAUGGUUCAGGAGGGGGAUACAAUCACUUUUCUGGAAGGGAUGCUUCUCGUGCGUUUGUCUCUGGAAAUUUCACAGGAGAUGGUCUCACCGACUCAUUGCGCGGUCUAUCUAGCACUGAGGUGAAGAGUCUUGUUGAAUGGAGGGAUUUCUACUUUAGAACUUACAAGUUUGUUGGCAAGCUAGUUGGACGAUACUAUGAUAGCCAAGGGAAUCCUACAAAAUAUUUGAAAGGGGUUGAAGCAAAGGCUGCAAGAGGUGCUCAGCUUCAAGAAAAGCAGAAGAUUGAAGAAGCUAAACAACCUGCAUGCAGUUCAAGAUGGAGUCAAGAUGAGGGUGGUGAGGUAUGGUGUGAUGUUGGCUACCCUAGGUUGGUUCAGAGACCUAUAGAAAUUGCUGUGACCGGGAAGAUGAGUAAGCGGUGUGCUUGCUUUGAAGAGUCUCAGUUAGGCCAACCAGGUUUAGAGGUAUAUCAAGAUUGUGACUACCAUGCUAACAGGUGCAAAGCUUAAUCAGGAAUCUAACAACAAUAGGGGAAUACUAUUUGUGGGGUAUAUUUGUGUUUGAAUUUGUAUAAUUGAAUAUUAAAGCUUAAUUUAAUGAAGUUGGUAAUUUUGGUGCUUCCUUGUUUCACAUUUGAGCAGUUGCUUUAUGUUAACUUUUGUUAGCUCACAUGUCACCUCUUAUUGAGUCAAUAUGUUUGAUGAAUUGUCAGUACUCUAAAUUUGGUGCCUCUCCUACAUAUUUGAACAAUGGUUCACUAUGUUGUUGGAACCAGCUCCUUCUGCUGCUCAAACAUUGUUGGUUGCUCA